AUGGAAAUCAAGAGUAAAUUUGAAAAAAGUUUUAUGAUAACUGUUUCAAGGUCUACUAUUUCAAGAUUAUUGAGUAACUUUGAAUUAAUAACUGCUAAACCAGCUCAAAAACCUCUGUUAAGACCUCAAAACAUAGUAAAAAGAAAAAAACUUCCUGAAAAAUUUUUAGGUAUUUCGAAUGAUACCUUAGAUACCAUUAUUUUUUCUGAUGGGUGUAAGUUUAAUCUUUUUACAUCUGAUGGUAUUAGACAUGUUUGUUAUUUACCAGGUGAAAGGUAUAAAUUUGAAAAUAUAGUAGGUACAGUUAAACAUGAUGGAGGAAGUAUAAUGUUCUGGGGGUGUAUAUCAUCUUAA